CUUUUGAAGAGGCCAUCCAUGUUCCUAGCUGGGUGUUGUUGAUGCUGAAGAUGACAGAAAGUCUGCAAUACAUCUCUUGAGAUACGGGAAACAAAAGACUCGUCAACAUUCCCCAUGACCUUCGGGAUAGGGUUUUCCGCGAAUGAAAAUCUCCAUCCAGUCAGUCGAGGCUGGACCUUCAAGCUGUCUGCUACACACUUGACGGUGCAGAUCGGAUCGCCCAAGAUGAGACAAAUCCGACAUCCCUCCUUGGACCAAACGGGCGUUGUUCCCGGCGGGCCACAAACCGUUACAGGAGACACCAAACUCAAAAUCCCAGCCAGCAGCAGCAUCAAAGCAGCCUAUCCAGCCAAACGCAUCGAUAUUAGCCGCCCCAGCGACAAGACUAGCACGAAACAGAAAAAGAAAAACAAAAGAAAAAAAAAUUUAAUCAAAUUAAACCAAAAAGAAAGAAAGAAAGAAGACUCACUACUCAGGUCUAGAAAAAUGAAAAACCGUGGCCCUCCGGCUCGCAGACCCUCAUCUGUCCGUUUUCCGGAUACGCCCAGUCCACUUGGUUCGCUAGUCCCCACGAAUGACAGGCUCGCGAUCCUCGAUGGGCUGAGGGACUGCUGCGAACUUGGGAGGCUGUUCCUUGCACCCUCCCCUGGGCUUUGCUUCUCAUCUUUUUCCCGGCUUGGAGUCAAUGCUCCACUCGCGUAAGGACGGACUACGGAGGUUUCCGUACUGGCCACUAGCCAAACGAUAAGCUGGUGGAUUUUGAGCCCUCGAGGGGAGUCGCAGUGCUUGCUCACCCUGGCUGGCUGUGAGAGUCUGUUGUGGUCUCUCCUGAACACACUGAUGAGGUUGUUCGUCCGAGUUUGGUCAGUCCGGCCGAAACAAGUCGGCAU